AUGUCAGAAGAUGAGCGAUAUCGAACAUCGACCCAAUACCGCCUGUGGUCCUUCACGCCCUCUUCUCUCUACGCGCUUCGCAAAACCACCAACCUCAACGCCGCAAACCGCGUCCGGGCCGCUGUGCAGCGCCUACGAGAAGCUCAAGCCGUCUCCUCUACCGAGGCAUCUGAAGCUGAAAAUGGGCGGUCUACCAGUACGCUGCCAGAGGGGGAGGUGGAUUGUUUGACUGUGGAAGAAGAGCUCAAACUCGUGGCUUUUUACUGCCGGCAGACGAUCCAGCUGGGUGAUCAUUUGAAAGUCCCUACCGACGUCAAGGCAACUGCAAUCCAGUACAUCAAACGCUUCUACAUAACGAACAGUCUGAUGACCUACCACCCCACCGACAUCCUGAAGACCGCCCUCUUCUUUGCCACGAAAACCGAGAACCACUAUUUCCGCCUGACAAAAUUCGCCGAUGCGAUCGGGAAGACGAAACCCGAGGACGUGCUCGCGUCUGAAUUCCUCUUGACCCAAGGGCUACGCUUCACAUUCGACGUGCGCCAUCCUUUCCGCGCGCUAGAAGGCGCCGUUAUGGAGAUGCAAGCUCUGGCCCACGCUGGGAUUCCCGUAUUGCCAGGCGGAGCGGUAGUGGAGGACCGGCCCCCGAAUAUGGACAGGAGGGUGAAAGAUGCGCAUGGCAAGGCGCGGGAAUACCUCAAGACCAGCGCGCUGCUCACGGACGUGUAUUUCCAUUUCACGCCGAGUCAGAUCAUGCUAGCGUCCCUGACAAUCGCGGAUCCUGAGCUCACAAAGUGGUACAUUACGAAUAAAUUUCCGAAGAACAAUAAUAACACUGCGGCCGCGGAUAUGUGUGAGAAAGUCCUUGGGACAGUGCAAAAGUGUGCGGAUAUGUUAAGGACGGUAGAACCGACAUCUGAGCCCUCGGCGCUGGAGAGAAAGGAGUUACAAGCGCUGGCGAAGAAAUUGAAGAAGUGUCGCAACCCAGAGAAGAUAGAUCUGGUGGGGCUGCAGAGGGCAAAGAGGGAGGGGGAGGGGGAAGAUGAGAAAAUUAUCAAGAAGAGGAAGAUGGAGAGGGAGCAAUCUGCCAAGGAAGGGGAAGAUCUAUUCGGGCCGGAAAUCAAAAGGUCUUAG